AACGUCGCUCUUGUUUCUGCAGCAUAAAACCAGCUGGGGCUUCUUGGUUGCAUCUGUAUGCAGGUACCCUCCAGCUGCGCUACAGAGUGGUCAGUGAGCUACUGCGGGGAGGACGAAGAAGGCGCCGAAGGCAGACAUGUCGGGUUUUGCGUGUUCGGACUGGUGUGAAGUGUACCUCUGCAGUACGCCACUUCAGCAGGGGAACUCCAUGAAUGGCGCUCUCACCGCCCUUUCCUUGGUUGCUUCGUCCUCUCAGUCUGUUUUCGGGAACUCCUGGGAAAAGCACUGGCUGCUCGUCUUCGACUACGGCGAAGAGGAGGUGCUCAUCUGCGACGCCGACAUGGACCAUUUGGGAGAGCUCACGGGACGGACCUCGUGGAAAAAGAGGUCCGCGCUACAAAACUACGAACACAAGAGGUACCUUGCAAAGCGUCGGAUUUCAAGAGCGCGCAUCGAGCAGUACAUGAGAAAGAUUUGCGACUCUGGCCGAUACCACCUCACGAAAAACAACUGCCAGAAGUGGGCCCAAGAUCUUCUGCGCGAACUGGGCAUCGAGUUUCCCGAUGACGAGCUCGACGCUCACACCGUCGUCAACAACUACGUACAGCCGGCAGCCAUUGCUGGUGCCGCGAUCUUGGGUGCCGGUCUGCUCGGUGCGCUUAUCUUUGGCGGUGGUGACCGUAGGAACAGACGCUAGUAGAAGGAAUGCCACGCAGUAGCAAUGACCUUUAAAAGCAGUGUGUCAGGACUUAAGGACUAAAAAAAUUGCGAUCGCACUUGUGUCAAUGUAUCAGCUUGUCUUUAACGAUAAUGUCCUACAACGCGAAACAGUGGUUAACAACGACCCAGUGACUUGUACUUUUCCAUCUCUCAGAUUGGAGUUUGCCGGUAAUUGAAACUUUCCCGAGAUUGGCCUCAGACUAGCACCUCUUCUAAACUGUGUACCUAUGUGCUGGUGUGCCGUCUUUCGUCGCUUAAAGCCACAUAACUUCUGUUUUGAAACUCUUACCGAUACUCCAUGUUGCCUGCUUCGUUACAAGACGCCCACACUGCAAAGGUGCAGUUGUCUGCAAGACACGAAUAAAUGCUUAUUCUGAACACUCGCACAAACGUGGCUGUGUGCUGUUAUUGCGAUUAGUGAUCGUUUCGUUACACUUGAAGAGAAAAUGGACACUUACAAUCGUCUGUAGAAAUAUCAACCAGCCGAACUUACUUUUAGUUCAGUUUCAAACAAAACUGGGGGUUGACAGGAAAAGGCAGUCUAGACGACCGUUUGACUUAGCUCUUACCGACAAAACGGCAUUGACUGUUUCGAAAAUAAUAAAUCACUAAAAACAUAGCACAGCGACUCCGAUGUAAUAAAUACUCUGGACUACACUGAGGAGUGCGGUCCCAUGAAAUGUAUGAUUAUACAAAAGUAUCAAUAAUUAUAAUUCAGCACAGAGUAGCACUCAAACAGAAAGAAGAAAAUCGAAAAAAAUCUAAGCAUAUAAUCGUCAUGCACGUGUACAGCAUCGUGUUGUCUUCAUCAAAAACAUUUAUUUAAAAAGUAGUUAGAAUUUGUAUUUGCAACAAGAAUGUAGAUAAUCUGACAAAUAAGUGCGUGAGGGCAUCAACAUACAUAGUUUUUAGGUUCUCAUACCGU